AUGUUCUCCUGCAACACCAGUACGUUUGCACAAUCUACAUUUCUUCUCACAGGCUUUCCAGGCCUGGAGGCAUCUCAUCACUGGGUGUCCAUCCCCAUCAACUUGAUCUGUGUGGUUUCCAUCCUGGGUAACAGUGUCAUCCUCUUCCUGAUCCGCACAGACUCAGCCUUACAUGAACCCAUGUACAUCUUCCUGUCCAUGUUGGCAGCAUCUGAUCUGGGCCUUUGUGCCUCUACCUUCCCUACCAUGGUGCGACUCUUCUGGCUAGGUGCUCGUGAGCUACCUUUCAACCUUUGUGCAGCACAAAUGUUCUUCAUUCAUGCUUUCACCUAUGUGGAAUCUGGUGUGCUGUUGGCAAUGGCCUUUGAUCGCAUUGUUGCCAUCCGGAACCCUCUGCACUAUACCACAAUCCUUACCAACUCAGCCAUGGUCAAAGUAGGGGCUGCCAUUCUAGUAAGAGCUGUCCUACUCAACCUCCCGGGACCCAUUCUCCUCCGGCGUCUACUCUUUCCCCAGAUCAGCAUACUCUCACACUGCUACUGCUUGCACUGUGAUCUUGUGGGGCUGGCCUGCUCAGACACCCAGGUCAACAGUCUGGUUGGAUUGGUCUCCAUCCUCUUUUCACUGGGCCUUGACUCUUCCCUUAUCAUGCUGUCCUAUGCACUGAUCUUACGAACUGUGCUGGGCAUUGCAUCACCUGGGGAACGGCUCAAGGCACUCAACACAUGUGUCUCACACCUCUGCAUUGUUCUCAUCUUUUAUUUGCCCAAAUUGGGGUUGUCUGUGUUACACCGAGUAGAGAAGCACAGCUAUCCUGCUCUAGCUGUGCUCAUGGCCAACCUACACUUCUUGGUCCCACCCUUCAUGAACCCCAUUGUCUACUGCAUCAAAUCCAAACAGAUCCGACAGGGUCUUCUAAAGCGCUUCCAUCAGAAAAGGGUUGAUAUCACCUAG